UUCUUGGCCUUUGCCGUUUGCCUUCAUUAUAUAACGCUCAGUUUUUCCACUUUCACUUUUCUAAUCUUUUCUUUCAUCUCUCUCUUCCUCUUCCUUCACUUUCUCUCUCCUCCAGGCAAAACCCUAAAGUGCCGUUUACUCCCACCCAAUUAUAAUGGAUGGUGAUGCAUUGAACAUGCGUAAUUGGGGUUACUAUGAACCGUCCCUCAAAGCGCAUCUUGGUCUGCAUCUCAUGUCUACAAUUGCUGAGCGAGAUGUGAAACAUUUUUUGCCUGGUCGUGACCAGUCUGCUAUUAUUAACAUGAAUGGAGCAUUUCAUUCACGCGAUUCUGCUGUUUCUGAAGCCCCGGUAACAGCAAACUGGGCAAGGGAUGGUUGGAUGAGUCAAAGAGACAAGUUUCUCAACAUGUUACCCCCCAAUCCAACUUACUCUGUUCUUACAGAAACUUCGGCUGCUCAACCUCUAGAAAUGUUACAGCCUCCUGACACAUCAAGAGAUGAAAUGGUCUGUAGGGUGGAAGAACCACCUGUGAAGAAGGAAGCUAAACAAUCAAAGAAACGACAGAACGGAGGUGCUCCCAGAACCCCAAAACCAAGAAAGCCCCGUAAGCCCAAAAAUGUUGAUCCUUCAGUUCAGCAGGUGAAGGCACCAAAAAAGAAGAUGGAUCUUGUUAUAAAUGGGCUAGAUAUGGACAUUUCUGGUAUCCCAAUUCCUGUAUGCUCUUGCACUGGAUCUCCUCAUCAGUGUUAUAGAUGGGGUUAUGGCGGCUGGCAAUCAGCUUGUUGUACCACAACUUUGUCUAUACAUCCUUUGCCCAUGAGCGAGAAGCGGCGUGGUGCAAGAAUUGCUGGGCGAAAAAUGAGUCAAGGUGCUUUUAAGAAGGUUUUGGAGAAACUAGCAGCUCAAGGUUAUAACUUCUCUAACCCAAUUGAUUUAAGAAGCCAUUGGGCAAGACAUGGGACCAACAAGUUUGUCACUAUCAGGUAGAUUAACAUGGUAUGAUGAGGAUAGAGGGCCGAGUCUGUUUCACAUGUACAUAUCUGUGGCCUUUUGCAGCAAUCCUGGGGUAGCUUUAGCUGCUAACUUUGCUCUUUAUAGUUUAUCGGUUCGUGAAAUUAGGAAUUUCCAUUCUCUUCGAUCUUCAUUUGUUUUGUAGGAGUUCAUGAUUUAUUGGAUUGUUCUUAAUACUAUUUCCUUUGGAUCUUUUGUCUAAGAUCAGUGAUCUAAUUAUUAUGUUAACUUUUUUCAUUCCCGAGUGACAACAAAGUAAAUUACAUGGCAGCAUAAUUUUGUUGAAGUUCAACUGAUUCAAUGUAAUGUACUCUCUUUUAUCAUUGUUGAUCCAUUUGGAUGACCUCGGAGAGGCAGAACGCACAGCUGACUGUAUGAACUUAUUCAAUAUGUCUUCUCUGUCAA